GAGACCCGUUCCAUGUUGUAGGUGGCGGAGAGCUCCGUAGACCCGGGCUGAGGCGACGCCGCUGGGAGGACACCAUGUCCCGCGGCCAGUUGGACAGCUGCGCGGGCGAUCAGGCCCCUCUAAUUCUGGAGAACCACUUCUCCACAGAACUCCAUAUAUCUGAGCCCGGUGAUGACGGCUUUCAGCCACGAAGCCCGCCCGCCGCCCAAUCUGAAACCGCUAAACCCCCCGAAGAUGUAGACCGGCUGGUUGUGCCUCAGCAGGUGGUUUUGAGCACCAUGAGUCCUGCGGCGAGGAAGGUUGGCACGCGCCAGCUCAUUCCCAAGAAUUUAUCCAGCCGGCCCAAACAGCGCCACCACACCACCGUGGUGACGUUCCCAGUGGGGCUGGAGAACUCCAGCAGUGGGACCCGGAGCCGUCACUCAACCCAGGGGCCAGAUGUGUCCUGGGAGGACUACGACAGUGAUGGAGACGGCUUCGCUCUGAGGAGGAACCGCAGGAACAAGUCCUACAGAGCGGCCGUGACCAGCCUGGACAUUGACGCCAUGGCGUCGGGACGAGGGCCCGCAGCCACGCUGAAACCCGUCCGCGAGGACCGAGCAGUCAGUCCCGGUCCAUCUCGCACCCCUGGACGCAAGCGAACCCUGGGGAGAAAGAGGAACCAGCAUCAUCGCGGGUCCUUCAAAGAUGCGACCCCGUGCCUCUACCAGGAGAUCCGUGAGCGAGGGCUGCACUCCACCAACCGCGACGAGCUGCUGGACGACUUCGUGGUGGUGGAGGAAGCCCCCGCGGUGGAGGACCAAGGCAUCGUGGUGAAGAGCUACCGGCCGGCGCAGCUCACAUGGAGCCAGCUGCCACAGGUGAAGGACACUGGUAUCCUGACACAGAUCUCCGCUCAGGAGAGGAAGAGACAGGAGGCCAUUUUUGAGAUCAUCACAUCAGAGCAUUCGUACCUGCACAGCCUGGGCAUCCUGGUGCGUUGCUUCAAGAGCAGCGACGCUCUGAAGAAAACUAUGACCGCCACAGACUACCAUCACCUCUUCUCCAACAUCUCUGUCAUUGAGCAGAUCAGCAAACGUUUCUUUGAGGAUCUGGAACGGCGUCACUAUGAAAACCCAGUGAUCCGGGACAUUAGCGACAUUGUCCAGAACCACGCCGCCCACCACUUUGAGCCCUACAUUGUCUACUGCUCAAACGAGACCUUCCAGCAGAGGACGUUGCAGAAGCUGCUGACCACAAACAUUGCGUUCAAAGAGACCCUGAAGCAGAUUGAAGGGAGCAGCGACUGUGGAGGCCUGCCCAUGAUCUCCUUCCUGAUCCUUCCCAUGCAGAGGGUCACCAGACUCCCACUUCUGCUCGAUACCAUUUGCCAGAAAACUCCAAAUGCGGCGGCGGAGUACUUUGCUGCUGUCUGGGCGCUGCACGCCAUCAGCAAGUUGGUCACCAGCUGCAAUGAUGGGGCUCAGCGCAUGGAGAGGACGGAGCAGAUGUUCACCAUCCAGAAACAGAUGGAUUUUGGUAAAAUCAAGCCAUUUCCUCUGGUGUCGUCAUCGCGGUGGUUGAAGAAGCGCGGCGAGCUGGCCUUCAACACCGAAGAGCUCAGCAUCUGGAGGGCUUUCAGCAACAAGAGCUACUACCUGUUCCUCUUCAAUGACGUGCUGAUCGUCACCAAGAAGAAGAGUGAGGAGAGCUUUGUGGUGAUGGACUACGCCACUCUGCAGAAUGUGGAGGUGGAGGUUGGUGAGGAUGUAGAAGAACGAACGUCUUCGCCUGUCAAGAACAGCCCCUUUCUUUCCUUCAAGCUGCGCAUGAGCAAGAACAGUGAGGGGCGAGCGGAGCAGAUCUGUCUGGUGGCCGAGUCCAGGGUGGACCGGGCACGCUGGAUAGUUGCUCUUACCGAACACAAGCAGGAGGGAGUCUCUACUUGUAAAGGCGGUCUUCCACAAUAUGAAGCCACCAAAGCCUACAUGCCAAAGGAGCCGGAUGAGUUGGGUCUGCAACAGGCGGAGCUUGUCAUUGUGAUGCAGAAAGAGGAAGCCUGGUGCUACGGGGAAAGAAUGCGAGACGGAGAGACGGGCUGGUUUCCUGCUGCCUGUGCCACAGAGAUCACCAACGCCACGGCCAUCGAGAACAACGUGCAACGCAUGAAGCGCCUGCGCAAAGAGACCAAUGUCUGAGCGACUCUCAGCAUGUACAAGAUAACACAGUGAGGUGGCCUGGGUUGGAUGAAGACCAUGGUUUGUUACUAAGGUUAUAUGGUCUUAGCAACCAAUUAAAUCUUACCAUCAGGUUAUACCUCAUUGCAGAGCUAUGUGAAUUUUUUUCCCCGCCUUGUGUAGCCAAUGGAGCGCAAUAGCAAAACACAGUGGCCUGUUGCUGCAUAAAUAUACCAAAUCUUACUUGAAGAUGUCCUUGCUUUAUUAAAUUAGCUUAAGACGCAGAACAAUGUAGUGCAAAGUGUCAAUUCAAGAAUCAGGUUUCUAUUCAUCCUGGUUUUAAUUUUUUUUUUAUACAAAUGCUGUAUUGUAUAUGCAAAAAUGAAAUAAAAUCUAGUAUAAAUAAAACACUCAAGACUU